ACCUAACACUUCACCUCUUCCAAUCACUACUACUCAGAGCAACUAAAAGAAAAAGCCUUUGGUACAAGAAUGGCAGCCUCAACAAUGGCGCUCUCCUCCCCAUCAUUGGCUGGCCAGGCCCUUAACCUGAGCCCAUCAUCCCAAGAAGUUGGCAGGUUCAGCAUGAGGAAGGCAGCCACCACCAAGAAAGUUGUUUCAUCCGGAAGCCCAUGGUACGGCCCAGACCGCGUCAAAUACUUGGGCCCAUUCUCCGGUGAGCCCCCGUCCUACUUGACCGGUGAGUUCCCCGGUGACUACGGCUGGGACACUGCUGGGCUUUCUGCUGACCCCGAGACAUUCGCCAAGAACCGUGAGCUUGAGGUGAUCCACUCUAGGUGGGCCAUGUUGGGAGCUUUGGGCUGUGUUUUCCCAGAGCUCUUGGCCCGCAACGGGGUUAAAUUCGGUGAGGCUGUGUGGUUCAAGGCUGGGUCACAAAUCUUCAGCGAGGGUGGGCUUGACUACUUGGGCAACCCGAGCCUGGUCCACGCUCAGAGCAUUCUUGCAAUUUGGGCCACUCAGGUUAUCUUGAUGGGAGCAGUUGAGGGUUACCGUAUUGCUGGUGGGCCUCUUGGUGAGGUGACCGACCCACUCUACCCAGGUGGCAGCUUUGACCCAUUGGGCCUUGCUGAUGACCCAGAGGCUUUUGCUGAGCUUAAAGUGAAGGAACUCAAGAAUGGAAGGUUGGCCAUGUUCUCAAUGUUUGGAUUCUUUGUUCAAGCUAUUGUGACCGGAAAGGGGCCUUUGGAGAACCUUGCAGACCACCUUUCUGACCCAGUUAACAACAAUGCCUGGGCCUAUGCCACCAACUUUGUCCCUGGAAAGUGAGAAUUGCAAAAAAGAGAGAGAGGGAUGACUUGUGUGAGUUUGGGUUUUAAAUUUGGGUCUGGUGAGGUAUUGGUUAUUGCAGUGUACUUCUCCUGAGUAUGUGAAUUAUCAAUUAAUCAUGUGUGUAUCCAUUUGGUCCAAGUUAAUUUCAUGUCACUUACUUUUA